AUGGGUUGUGCCUCCAGCAAGCCAGCUCCUGGUCGCUCAGGCGGCAAGGGCAAAGGGGCUGCCAAGAGCAAGGGCAAGGCUGACAACAACAUGGACGUCCUUCUAAGCCCAGUUCCCGUUGCCAGGCCUAGAGCGGCUCAUAGGGCACUCAUGGCCCCGCCGGGUCCCGCUGUCAGGCCGAGGGGGGCGAAUAGAUCAUCCAUGGCCGAUCCUGCGAGACGCCGCAGCCGUAUGCAGGAGCAUUUGCCAGGCACCAUCAGCGAGGCUUGA